AUGUGCUCAAAGAUGUUUCUGGACUCUACCAACCCUUCACAUCUUGGUUACCUUGGUCAACACCUUGAUCCAAAAGUUAUUGAGCUUGCCUUGACACAAUUCGAGGUAGUUACCCAUGAUUGCUCUCAAGAUCAAUCACCAUCAGGUGAGAACUCCAGCGAUCUCCCCAAAGCCUCCAUUUGGACUGUUGGUGUUGCCGCUUCAGCUGGACGGUGA